AUGGCUAGUAUUCAAAAUAAAGGCAACUUGAAGCCAGGAUUUCAGGGAUCUCAAAUGUUUUGGAUUGACAAUGAUGGGUUGUUUCUAGUAUCCAACAAUUCACAUUUUGCUUUUGGAUUCACCACCACCCAAGAUGUCACCUUAUUUCUACUUGUUGUCAUUCACAAGGACAGUUCUUCUAUAGUGUGGUCUGCUAAUAGAGGCUCCCCAAUUCAGAAUUCAGAUAGUUUCGUGUUUGACGAUAAUGGGGAUGCUUACUUACAAAGGGGCGGAACCACAAUUUGGUCCACAGGUACCUCUAAGAAAGGUGUUUCUGCAAUGGAAUUGCUCGACUCAGGAAAUCUGGUUUUGCGUGGGAAUGAUGAAAGUGUAGUUUGGCAGAGUUUUAGCCAUCCCACGGAUACUCUACUUCCAAACCAGGAGUUUGGUGAAGGGAUGAAACUCGUAAGUGAUCCUGGAUCCAAUAACUUGAGCUAUUCCCUUGAGAUUAAGUCUGGAGAAAUGAUUCUUUCCGCAGGUUUUCAACCCCCACAGCCAUACUGGGCCAUGGGAAGUGACACACGAAGAACCAUCAAUAAAGAUGGCAAUAACGUCUCUUCAGCAACUCUUAAUGCCAAUUCUUGGAGAUUUUAUGAUGGAAAGAAGGUCUUGCUCUGGCAAUUUAUAUUUGAUGAUAGCAAUGCAAAUGCAACUUGGGUUGCUGUUUUGGGAGCUGAUGGUUUCAUUACUUUCGUCGUGAUUCAAGGAGGUUCUACAAAUCCCUCCUCAUUAAGAAUACCAGAGGAUCAGUGCAGCAGACCUGCAGCUUGUGAUCCCUAUUAUGUUUGUUAUACUGGCAACAAGUGCCAGUGUCCAGCAGCACUUCCCUCUUGCAAAUUUGGAGCUCGUCCUUCAUGCCAUAACUCAAAGGAUUCUGUGGAGCUAGUAAGUCCAGGUGAUGGCAUCAGCUACUUCGCACUUGGCUUUGUCCAACCGUUCUCUAAAACAGACUUAAAUGGCUGCAAAGAUUCCUGCCUUCGAAAUUGCUCUUGCGGAGCUAUGUUCUUUGACAGCGACUCAGGGAAUUGUUUUCUGUUUGAUCAGAUAGGAAGCAUGCAAGGAUCACUCAAUGGGGCCGGCUAUGAUUCUUACAUCAAAAUCUUUAGUAACGGAGGUAAUGGAGGAAACAGUGGAGGCAAUGACAAAAAGCGCUUUCCUAUAGUCAUUAUUGUUUUAAUUUUGAUAUUUGUUAUGCUGAGUUUGCUUUUUGCUGGAUUUUAUUACCGUAAGAAGAAAAGGAAAGUGCCAGAUUUCCAAAAAGAGAGCUCGGAAGAGGACAAUUUCUUGGAGGGUUUAUCUGGGAUGCCAGUCCGUUUUAGUUAUAACGAUCUUGAGACUGCAACAAGUAACUUUGUUGUGAAACUUGGGCAGGGAGGGUUUGGUUCAGUUUAUCAGGGGACUCUCUCUGAUGGAACUCGAGUGGCUGUGAAAAAAUUGGAAGCUAUUGGUCAGGGUAAGAAAGAAUUUCGAGCUGAAGUUAGUAUCAUAGGCAGCAUCCAUCAUCUUCAUCUAGUGAGGCUUAAAAGGCUUCUGUGCUGA